CGAACCGUCACUGUGUGUGGUUUCUUUGCGUUUGAUAGCUCGUGCGAGGCAUUUUUCAGGCGAUUCGUGUUUUUCGGCUCGUAGUGCGUUAUCUUUUGCGUAAUCGAUGCGGAUUCUUCAUCGCGGAAUAUAAAUUGUGAAACGCAGGAUAUUUAGUGCUCGAAUAUCCAGACCGGUUUGGUUUGUUCCGUGUUGUCAUCUGUAGGAAAGAAUCGAUAUGGGAAACGUGCUCGCCGCUUCAAAACCGAUCGCUGCCGGUGGACUCCCUCCGCCCUUACCAGCGGAACCGAUCCCUGCCAGCCCGGAGCCGGAGAAGCUCCUGGAGAACCCCGGCUCGAUGGAGGAGUUGCACAAAAAGUGCAAAGAUGUCAUGCCGGCCAACUUCGAGGGCGCCAAGCUGAUGAUCAACAAAGGGCUCAGCAAUCACUUCCAAGUGUCCCACACAAUUAACCUCAACUCGUCCAACACGAGCGGGUAUCGAUUCGGGGCAACCUAUGUGGGCACGAAGCAGAUGUCCCCCUCGGAGGCUUUCCCGGUCAUAUUGGGUGAUAUCGAUCCGGCUGGAAAUCUGAAUGCCAACGUCAUUCACCAGCUGACACCGAACGUUCGGUGCAAAUUCGCUUCCCAAAUCCAGAACCAGAAAGUAACUGCCGCACAGCUGACCACGGACUACAAGGGUCAGGACUUUACCGCUUCGCUCACCGUGGGCAAUCCCAACAUCCUCAACAACUCCGGCGUCAUGGUGGCACAUUACUUGCAAGCGGUAACCAAUAACCUAGCACUUGGCGGAGAGCUAGCAUAUCAGUAUGGCCCACAGGUGCCCGGUGGCCAGAUAGCAAUCAUGUCCGCUGCCGCUCGUUACGCCACCGAAGUCGGUACCUGGUCCGGUACGAUUGGCCUCGCCGGAUUGCACAUCUGCUACUACCAGAAGGCGAGCGAACAGCUCCAGCUGGGCGUCGAGGUCGAAACCAAUCUUCGGAUGCAGGAAGCCACUGCCACCAUGGGCUACCAGAUCGAUCUGCCCAAGUCCGAGCUCGUGUUCCGCGGUAUGGUCGACACCAACUGGAAUGUGGCGGCCGUGCUAGAGAAGAAACUACAACCGCUGCCAUUUACGUUUGCGCUUAGUGGCGUCCUAAAUCAUACCAAGAAUCAAUUCCGGUUGGGUUGCGGUCUGAUUAUUGGUUGAACGGACCAAAACGCAGACAUCCGUUAGGCAUUUUAAGCAGAGUUCAAAACCACACACUUUGAAGUGCAAGUUUCAUCGCAUUUCCUAUUGAGAGCGACAUUCGUAGAGUUGUCGUCGUCCGGUGACCCCACGGGAAGUCGAAGAUUAGUCUGUUAGCAUAAAAUUGAAUAUUAUCAAGAAUGAUUUAAAUAGCUGCAAACCAAGUAUAGUGGAUGCAACAAAAAAUGACAAAGGAUCUAUCUGAAUAAAACUGAAUGGCAAAGAUGUAAAAUGCGCUUGUAUAAAACUCAGAUGUUUGAUUUGUCUAACCGCUUCCCGUUGUUGUAGAUCACACCACGAUCCUCGAUGCAUCAGUAAUGUUGUUAGCGCCAACAGUCACUAAAAAUUAAGUUGUGCUUAUUCUUACGGUUCCUUUUACACAAACAAUAAAAUGGUUCAAGAAAAA